CUAAAAAAGUGAAACAAACACAAAAAAAAAAAGCAAUAGAAUAUUUCUCUUCUAUUCCUUUUGCUCUCCUUUUCCAUCUGCUUGCAUUUUCCGAAAUUCAACUCCUCAAUUUUGCAUUGUUGCUCUGUUCAAUUAUUCCUUUUUUCCGAUUUCACUUGUUUCUCCUUUGUUGGUGGUUUGGUUCAGCUCAUUCCAUCGAUUUUUCUGUUUUGUAGCUAUUUAAAUACAUAUAUAUUUAAUUCUCUCUGCCUUUACUUUUUCGGUUUAGUUGAGUUUGUGAGUUGGAUGAGUGCGCAAUGAUUAGCUGCAAAAGCUGGGGUUUGGUACAUGUAUUGAUGAUGCUUUUUAGGUGAUUUAUGAUUACGCCGUGAUUUUUGGAGAGAGACAAAUUAAUCGAUGGAUCGGUCGAUUGCAGCGAUCUUCUGCUGCUUUGUUGUCGUAUUCACGAGGUUUUCGCGCGUUUCUCCCAACGCCGAAGGUGAUGCUUUGAAUGCUCUGAAGAGCAAUUUGCAGGAUCCUAACAAUGUUCUUCAGAGUUGGGAUUCGACCCUUGUCAAUCCUUGUACUUGGUUUCACGUCACUUGCGAUACCGAGAAUAGUGUUACUCGCGUUGAUCUCGGCAAUGCAAAUUUGUCAGGCGAGCUGGCUCCACAGCUUGGUCAGCUCUCAAAGUUACAGUAUUUGGAACUUUACAGUAACAAUAUAACCGGAAGAAUUCCAAGCGAGCUUGGAAACUUAACAGACUUGGUGAGCUUGGAUCUUUAUCUGAAUAAUCUAAGCGGCCCAGUUCCUGCUUCAUUGGGCAAGCUUCAGAAACUUCGUUUCUUGAGACUCAACAACAACACUUUGAGUGGAGAAAUUCCCAUUUCUCUGACAACCGUGUUCACACUUCAAGUCCUAGAUCUUUCAAAUAACAAACUCACCGGGAAAAUACCAAUCAAUGGAUCCUUUCAGCUCUUCACGCCUAUCAGUUUUGCCAAUAAUCCCUUGGAACAGCUCCCUGUGUCUCCACCUCCUCCAGUUCCGCAGAACCCCCCUUCUUCUCAAGUUCGAAACAGCGAUACUGGAGCUAUUGCUGGAGGGGUCGCUGCUGGAGCUGCCCUUCUAUUUGCUGUUCCUGCAAUAGCACUCGCAUGGUAUCGGAGAAGGAAGCCACAAGAUCAUUUCUUCGAUGUUCCUGCUGAAGAGGAUCCAGAAGUUCACUUAGGGCAGCUGAAGAGAUUUUCUCUACGUGACCUACAAGUUGCAACAGAUAACUUUAGCAAUAAAAAUAUUCUUGGGAGAGGUGGAUUUGGUAAGGUUUAUAAAGGCCGCUUAGCAGAUGGAUCUCUAGUGGCGGUGAAAAGACUGAAAGAGGAGCGCACACAAGGCGGAGAGCUACAGUUCCAAACCGAAGUAGAAAUGAUCAGCAUGGCUGUCCAUCGGAAUUUACUUCGUUUGCGGGGCUUCUGUAUGACACCGACAGAGAGGCUGCUAGUUUAUCCUUAUAUGGCCAAUGGAAGUGUAGCAUCAUGCUUGAGAGAACGAUCGGACUCUCAAGCUCCUCUCGAUUGGGGGAUUAGGAAACGUAUAGCAUUAGGUUCUGCACGGGGACUUGCCUAUCUGCAUGAUCACUGUGACCCAAAAAUCAUCCAUCGCGAUGUCAAAGCCGCAAACAUAUUGUUGGACGAGGACUUUGAAGCAGUCGUUGGUGACUUCGGGUUGGCCAAAUUGAUGGACUACAAAGACACACACGUAACCACUGCUGUCCGUGGAACAAUAGGCCACAUCGCUCCCGAGUAUCUCUCCACCGGAAAAUCUUCCGAGAAAACAGAUGUCUUCGGGUACGGAGUCAUGCUUCUUGAGCUCAUCACCGGGCAGAGAGCAUUUGAUCUUGCUCGUCUCGCCAAUGAUGACGACGUCAUGCUACUAGAUUGGGUCAAGGGGCUGCUGAAGGAGAAAAAAUUGGAGACAUUAGUUGAUGGAGAUCUCGCGGGAAAUUAUAUCGACGAGGAGGUGGAGCAGCUGAUCCAAGUGGCGCUGCUGUGCACGCAGAGCUCUCCGAUGGAGAGGCCGAAGAUGUCGGAUGUCGUUCGGAUGCUGGAAGGCGACGGGCUGGCGGAGAGGUGGGAGGAGUGGCAGAAGGAAGAAAUGUUCCGGCAAGACUUCCAUCCCAUCCGGCACCCCAACACUGAUUGGUUAAUUGUUGAUUCCAUUUCUAAUAUUAAAGCUGAUGAGUUAUCUGGACCACGGUGAAUUUAAUGUAUAUUUCAGUCCGAGAAAGUAAUCUGAUUUUUCUUUUUUUUUUCACCUUUGUAUAUGUUCAUUUUGUAUAUUUUUCUCUUUUGAUUUAUGUAUUUAAUAGUAUUCUAGAAUUUUGUUCAUAGGGAUCGAUAAUUUAUUUCAUACUUGCUAGUGUACCCCAGAUUUAUGAAUCUUAAUAGACAAACUUGGUUUAGAAAUA